UCUGUGGAGUUGCCGCUCGCCCCCUAUCCCUGCCGACUAUGGGGUUACUGGAACUAUGUGAGGAAGUGUUUGGUACCAACGACCUUUACCGAGUGUUGGGCGUGCGGCGCGAGGCCUCGGACGGCGAGGUCCGACGCGGCUACCACAAGGUGUCCCUGCGGGUGCAUCCGGACCGGGUUGGCGAGGACGACAAAGAGGACGCCACCCGCCGCUUCCAGAUCCUCGGGAAAGUCUAUUCUGUUUUGAGCGACAAAGAUCAGAGAGCAUUGUACGAUGAGCAGGGAACAGUAGACGAAGAUUCUGAUGUGCUCAGCCAAGAUCGGGACUGGGAGACGUAUUGGAGGUUACUUUUUAAAAAGAUAUCUCUAGAAGACAUUCAAGCUUUUGAAAAGACAUACAAAGGUUCUGAAGAAGAGCUGGCAGAUAUUAAACAGGCCUAUUUGGAUUUCAAAGGUGACAUGGAUCAGAUCAUGGAGUCUGUGCUGUGUGUGCAGUACACAGAAGAACCCAGGAUAAGGAACAUUAUUCAGCAAGCCAUUGAUGCUGGAGAGAUCCCGUCCUAUAAUGCCUUUGUCAAAGAAUCGAAGCAAAAGAUGAAUGCAAGGAAAAGGAGGGCUCAGGAAGAGGCUAAAGAAGCAGAAAUAAGCAGGAAGGAGCUGGGCCUUGACGAAGGAGUAGAUAACUUGAAAUCAAUCAUUCAGCCUCUGGCAACCACUAUGUAUUUUUGUCUCUGGAUAGCCUUGUGUUUUGAAAGCUUGUGUUUUAACUUCUUAAACAGAGCAGACAAAAGGAUCGGCAAAAAGAAAUGGACAAUUUUCUGGCUCAAAUGGAAGCAAAGUACUGCAAACCUUCCAAAAGAGGAGGGAAAAAAACGCCUCUCAAGAAAGAAAAGAAAUAAUGGAAUUUUCUCUUCAGAAGUCCUUAGGUGUUAAUUGGCACCAUUGUAGGCCAGAUACAGUCAAGAUUUGAAGAAAGAAGUUAACCCUGCUCUUGAGAAAAGCUGUCCUUCCAGCCUAAAUAACUCCGCUCGACUCUGUACACCAAGCAGAAUCUCUCAACCUGAUUUUAGUAAUCUUAGAAAUCCCCUGACAUUCUUUGAGGUCCUGCAUGAAGGAAUUUGGAGAUUUUUAUGGGAAUGGGGGAGAGUGAUGUACUUCCUGGCAGUGCUUGCAUCUGUGAUCUUCUGUACAAGGAACUCAUAUCUAGAAUGUGGGUCUGUCCCAUAUUGCCUAUAGCAAUUGUUUUGCCGCACGAGUGUGCACACAGCCGCAGAGUAUUCAGAGUGACGUGUGUGAUAUUAGAACAGUAAUUCUGUUCUAGCUCUGCCUAGCUAGAAUGCUUUCAGAACACUUGGUGGACAUCUUUCAAAUAUUUGCCAGUUUUCUUUCAGGCUUAAUGUUCUUGAAUAGAUCCUCUCUCCUUUUUGUUUUACUCAGCCAGGUUUUGUACUCUUUGCUAGAAGUAUAGGAGAAACAGAUGUUGAGAUUACUUUAAGCAUCUUUGUAAGACUUGUACGUGAUGAAAUAAACAAGUUAAAAAUGACUGUUAAGUUCUGGGGCCUUUUAAAUGAUCUCAGUGAUCAUUUAAACUAUGAUCUAGAAAAACUAGUGUUGAGAGAAGAGAGAAGAAAAGUAACCAAAUUCGCUUUAUAGUAGGUAGCCAGAUUUAAGUAGUAUAAAGAAGUUGACCUGCCUGUAACUGUUGAAUGUCUGUCCUUAGGUUGAAGAUCUUGUUUGAACUUGUUUCCUCAUCUAUAAAGGGUGAAGGAGUUGGGCUAAAUGACUUCCUAGAGGUUCCUUUGGAUUCUCUUAACUUUGAAAGGCAGGCCAUCUUGAUCCAGUGGUUUGUUAUGCACUCAUGUAUUGAUUUGUGAGGAUAGUAUAGAGAUGUUUACUUAUAUUUAGUCAAAUUGGUAUGUACUCUUCGGAAUAUAUGGACAUUUUUUAGCAACUGAUAACUUAAAGUCUUUGAGUUAUAGACUUUUAUGCAUAUGGUAUUGAAUAUAUAACAACCCUUCUGUUACUGAGUUUUAUGUAUGCUAAUUAAUCUGAGGUAAGCACAUGACACAUUUUUAGUUUGUGAUUACAAACAAGUUAAAAAAACACUCUUUAAUUAUAUUAAAAUAUAAUUUAAUGC